UGUGAACGUACGUGGGAAAACCCGAAAUAGAAUUGAACAUGAGAAACAACACGACAAAUGAUGGUGAUCAUCGAGUUGCGACGAAAAAAAGCAAUUUUAUUUCAUCGGAUGCUUGUUCUCACAAACUGAUCGCAGAGCAAUCUGAAAAGCACCAAGCAAACAGACAAACACUUGCAACACUCAUCUUCAAAUCAAUUCACAAUGUCUGAUACCGAAGUCAAAACCGGAGAGCCCGUAAGUCUUGACCAUGGUGAUGAAAGCGUUAUCAUGUUGUCGAUUUUUUUGUCGUGUCGAAUAUUAUCUCGUCGUGGUCUUCCGUCGAAUAUUUUCUCACCGUGAUACAUUCUUCGAAUGAUUUGCCGGGUAUGCAGACUGAGUGGAAGGCCUACUCUGAGUACGCCAUCGAGGUUGAUCCUGACCAAGAUGACAAGGCCAAGACCAUCAAGCUUUGUUCUUUGGCCCGCCCUCACAUGAGAGCCUUCCACUUCUCCUGGUGGGGAUUUUUCGUCGCCUUUUUCAUCUGGUUCGCCAUUGCCCCCCUUCUUUCCGAGAUCAAAGUCGAUCUCGGAUUGACCAAGCAAGAAAUUUGGACUUCCUCUAUUGUCGGUGUCGGAGGAACCAUCUUGAUGCGAUUCAUUCUUGGACCCGCCUGUGACAAAUGGGGUGCCCGUAUUCCCAUGGCUGUCGUCCUUUGUGCCGCUUCUAUCCCAACUGCCUGCACCGGUCUCGUCAAGGAUGCCACCGGACUUGCCAUUCUUCGCCUUUUCAUUGGUUCCGCCGGAGGUACCUUCGUCAUGUGCCAAUACUGGUCCACCAGUAUGUUCUGCAAGGAAGUCGUUGGAACUUCUAAUGCCCUUUGUGGAGGAUGGGGUAACCUUGGAGGAGGUGUCACUCAGCUUAUCAUGGGAUCUGCUCUUUUCCCCCUUUUCAAAUCCUUUUACGGUGGAGAUGCCUCCAAGGCGUGGCGCGUGGUCAGUGUCGUCCCUGCUGUYGUAGCCUUCGGAACCGGUAUCAUGAUCUACAAAAUGUCCGAUGACUGCCCCAAGGGUAACUAUUCCGACUUGAAGAAGCACGGACAGAUGGCCGAAGUUUCUGCCGGAGCAUCCUUCCGCCAGGGAGCUUUCAACAUCAACACCUGGUUUUUGUUCAUUCAAUACGCAUGCUGCUUCGGUGUUGAAUUGACCAUGAACAACGCUGCUGCUCUCUACUUCAAGGACAAGUUCGAACUCUCCACCGAAUCUGCCGCUGCCAUUGCUUCCAUCUUCGGAUUCAUGAACUUGUUUGCCCGUGGUCUUGGAGGAUACUUCUCCGACAAGGGUAACCAGUACAUGGGAAUGCGUGGACGUCUUUGGGCUCAGACCAUUUGCUUGAUCGGUGAAGGUGUCCUCGUUUUGGUCUUCGCCCAAACCAACUCGCUUGGAGCUGCUAUCACUGUGAUGGUUUUCUUCUCCCUCUUCGUCCAGGCCGCCGAAGGAACCUCGUACGGAAUUGUCCCUUACGUCGACCCCCCUGCCACCGGAUCCAUCUCUGGAAUCGUUGGAGCCGGAGGAAACACCGGAGCCGUCUGCUUCGGACUCGGAUUCCGUAACUUGGAGUACAAGACUGCCUUCAUGCUCAUGGGUUUCACCAUUUUGGGAUCCUCGGCUUUGUCUUUGGUCAUCUUCAUCAAGGGACAUGCUGGUCUUGUCUGCGGAGAAGAUGCUCCCAAGGAAGCCACUACCGCGACCCUUGCCGUCCCUGCCAAGGACGCCGAGGCCAGCGAAGACGUCAACGAAGAGUAAAUCUCUCUUGGCGACUGAGCAAGUAAAAAACCACUUGGUGGAACGACUGGACAGGCUUUAUUGCAUGCAUCGCGUCUCGACCAUUUGAACGAAAGCUACGCUGAUACAUCAUGUGUCUGUCGAUUGCUGCUGUCCACCCCGGUACUUCUAUGUCUAUCCAUUUCUACAGUAACAAUUUUUGAACACGAUUGGUUGUUUGGUGUUCUUUUUGAGAAACGCUUCAACUUCUAAAUCAUUAACAAUUUAAGCAAUACAUUUUGAACUAAACACAUCAAGUCUUGAUAGGAAUAACUUUAGUAACGUCUCAUAUCUUUUUGAUGUGGCACAGACCAAAAAUCCUCAAGGCGGACGAAGACUUUGUGCCGUCUGGCGUUGUUGUCGACAACAUCAUCUCGAGGAGAUAAUAGUAUGGUUGAUUGUUUCGACGUUCCACCUUGUCUCAGUUCCUCGAUUGUAUGGUGUUCCUUACUUCGUAAGAUUCACUUCAGAGAGUUCGACUUUUUUCUUGGGACGGCGAUAGCGAAUCAGGAAACACAUCGGGCAAGUUUAAUGGACCAGAUACAGAUACUGUUGAGCACCAUCGUGACAGACCAACGCCAUAACGCAUGGAAUGGAAUGGCCGAAACCUGAUUGUUCCAAUGCAAGGUUUGUCUACGACUUUCACCCACCAAAGCUUAUACCAUACAGCACGGAACUUCACACAACGACAAGAGGAUUCUUAUUGAUUCGGAAUAACAAUAUGGUGAGAGAAGAAAAGAAAUCAUUUCACUUGGUUCCGUAAUAAAUAUGCGUAUCAUUC